AUGGCAUCGCAUCCAGGAGAUCCGAAACCUCAAUCGCUACCUCCGCCGGUAGCUUCUCUACAACAUCUUAAAAAAGCUCUCAACUUAACAAAAGAUCCAGAAGCCCUUCAAAAGCUUAUAAAGGAAAAUGAAGAAUAUAAAAAGAAGAUUCGUAUGCAGCGGUAUUCUGAUGUACCAGAAAGAUCACAGACCCAAGUCCAAGUUGCAGAACUUCAACAGGAACUUCAGCAGUUUGCUCAUCAAUGCCAAACUAUGUAUCAUCGUUUAACGAAUGCAGAAAAUAUCAAAUCCAUUCCUAUAGCUAGUAUGCAAAAUUAUGAUCUGUUAGCAGAAAAUGAGAAACUUCGAGCAAAAGUUGCUGAAGUAACAGAGAUGAAUAAAAAAUGGCAAAUGUAUAACCAACAAAGGGAAGCAUACAUGAAAAAACUUUGUUCCCUAGGAUCUGGUGUUGGUCAAUGCAGAACCCAAGAAGGAGUAAAAACCAGUCAAAACACUAAUAUUGGUAAUGUUCAAAAAGAUACAUCAAAGUUAGAAGAAGAAAAUCUUGCAUUGAAAGCUCAAAUUAAAAUUUUCACAGAAGAUUUUGAAUCUGAGAGACAAGACAGGGAGAAGGCUCAAGCCAGAGUAAAUGACUUAGAAGAAGAACUUAUUAAGUUGAAAGAAACCCAACAUGAGAAAAAUUCAACAACUUCAGAACUUGGUUACUCUCGGUCUCUUGGAAAAUAUGAUUAUCCAACUCAACAAAAACUUUAUUCUCCACAGUUUUCAAGAAUAUCAAAACAUGGUGGGCUUGCAACUGAUGGUUGUAGUGAAACAUUGGCUCCUCGAAGUCCUAGCUCUCCUACCAAGAAACUGGCUUGUCCUAGCUGUAUGAAGAUAUUUGAAAAACAGAGUGAGCUGCUGGAACAUGUUGAUAUUUGUUUCUAA